AUGAUCGCGCUCAAGAAGCUGUACGGAGACGAGCUGUUGCGGUUGGCGCUUGUGCUUAGCUUGCUCAAGAACCCCGAGGAGUACCACGAGCUGGAAACUCAACAGCUCGCUGGACUUCAUAUAACCAAUGGCACUGAUUGGUCCUUGGAGCACGAAGCCAGGACUUUGAUAAGACCACGCCAUGUACACCCGAAAUCCUUGGACCAUAUAUUAAUAAAUUACGAGAGACAACUCUUCGAAGAAUUAAACUCUCUAGGGAGAUAUAAUUAUUUGGAAAUUAACGACAGGCCGUGGUACAAUCAACCUGUGUACACAUAUCUACUAAACGACGUAGCCACGGAUACUGUUACACCAGCUCUAAAUACAGAAUCACAAGAAGAUAACGUAUCAUCUGACGAAAAUGUCGCCCAAGAAGUCAAAAUCGAGGAAGAGAAAGAAGAAACUCCAGUAGUGACCCUGUCAGCGGAUUUUAUGCAAAAUAACACUGUAAGCGAUAUUUUUGCGGAACUAGCUUCCAGAUCUUUCGACGUAAACGAAUUUUUAAAUCCGGAUAUGAAUAUCAAGAAAGAAGAUGAUUUGAUAGUCAAAAAGGAAAUAGACGAUGUUUUUAGUGAUAACGCCAUAGAUUACGUUCCGUACUUCACGGCUGGAUCGGAAAAGAUUGAGUUUGGUGAAGCUAAUUCCGUUUACAAUCAGAACAUAGCUGAUCUACAAGAUUACGAGGAGUUUGAUGUGAAAGAACUUAAUUUGGAACAUUUAGAUGUCAAAACACAGCAGGAGAACCUAGAACAGUAUUUACUGGAAAAUACUCCAUUAGAUUCGGAGGUAUACGAAUUAGCGCCGAUGUUUGAAGAGGAGAUGAUUAUUAAGAGGGAAAGAGCUAGCACUAGUUUUACUUCAGCGAGUUCCAGUGGUGUGAGCGAGAUGGAUGCAUGCUCCAAGGAUUUGGAUGUGAAAUUGGAACCGGAUGAGGGGCACCACAGUGGAGAGGAGCUUACACAGGAGGUGAGUCAGUAG